CUGCCACCGGCGCCAUGGCCGACACGAAGCUCACCGACGACCAGGUCAACAACCUGGCGACCGUCCUGCGCAACGACAACACCCACUUCGACGUCAAGGUCCAGUACGUCAACGCCAUCAAGUCCGGCAUCAAGCAGCACAACAUCCCCGAGACGUGCAUCCCCCAGCUCUUCGAUGGCCUGCGCCUCGCCUCCAGCUCCCAGCACGUCGCCCUGGCCACGGCCGGCUUCACGGCGCUCAACCACCUCUUUACGCGCAUGUCGCGCCAGGAGCCCAAGCAUUUAGCGAAAGAGGCCGCGCGCACGCUGCCCCUCGUCAUCGAGAAGCUGGGCGACUCCAAGGACAAGCCCCGCGCCCUGGCGCUGCAGAGCCUCAACACGCUGUACGCCGUUGCCCCCGCCGACGUCGAGCGCUCGAUUCGAAACACGGCCAUGGUCGGCAAGAACCCGAGGGCCAAGGAGGCGUCUAUGCAGUGGCUUUUGGAGCACGGACUGCCGUUUCGUAGUUUCGUCCCCAUGCUCAUGGAUCUUCUGGAGGAUGCGGACGGAAUGGUCCGAGAUACUGCUAAGAGCACCGUGAUCGAACUCUUCAAGAAUGCGCCCGCGGCUGCCAAGUCCGACCUGAAGCGACAACUGAAGAACUACAAGAUCCGACCCGCCAUCGAACAGGCCAUCGUCAAGGCUCUUGCGCCCGCCGGUCCUCGCUCAGAGACCCCAUCAGAUGCCGCGCCUACUGCUUCGCGACCUGCCCUGUCCGCGCCCUCGUCUUUUGCCGCCAGCGAACGACCUACGACCCCGAUGGCCGACAUUCCAGCCGAACCCGUUGAACCGCAAUACGUUAACACCAAUCGCGAAUUGGACGACAUCAUUAGGGAGAUGACCCCAUACUUCGAAGGCAAGGAGUCCGAACACAACUGGAUGAAGAGAGAGCAGAGCAUCGUGACGCUGCGGAGAUUGGUGGCUGGCAACGCCCCGGCCGAAUUCACGGACACGUUCAUUGUUGGCCUCAAGGGGCUGCUGGACGGCAUCAUCAAGGCCAUCAACUCUCUGCGCACAAGCUUGUCGAAGGAGGGCUGCAGUCUGGUCCAGGAGAUGGCCGUCGCGUUUGGGCCCGCGAUGGAUCCGCUGGUCGAGCUCCUCAUGCAGACGUUUAUGAAGCUGUCUGCCAAUACCAAGAAGAUCAGCUCCCAGAUGGCCAACACUGCCAUAGACGUCAUCAUCAGCAAGGUCACGUACACGCCCCGCAUCAUGCAGCACAUUUGGGGCGCCGUCCAGGACAAGAAUGUGCAGCCUCGAACGUAUGCGGCCGGGUGGUUGAUUACCAUACUGAAGAAGGAGGCCCAUCACAAGAACCACAUUGAGCACACGGGGGGCGUUGACUUGAUCGAGAAGUGUAUCAAGAAGGCCUUGGGUGACGCCAACCCCACCGUCAGGGAAAAGAUGCGGGCGUGUUACUGGAGAUAUUGGACGAUCUGGCCAGCAAGAGCUGAUGCACUGAUGGCCGAUUUGGACACUACCGCCCAGAAGCUGCUCCUGAAGGACCCGAACAACCCCAGCUCGGGGAAAAAGGUGGAAGCACCAGCCGCUGCCAGGCCAGGCGCAGGCUUCUCGAGGAGCACCACUGCGACCAGCAGCAAGCCCAGCCUGAGAGACGCCAUGCUGGCUCAGAAGAAGGCCGCGCUGGCGACGAGAAACCUACCAACCCGGCCCGGAUCUGCCAUGUCCUCAUUCACCACCGCCUCGCCUCACACUUCCAACCCGCAGCUCAGCACAACUGCCUCGAAGCCGCUGGCGCGGCACCGAACCGACACUAACACGAUAUCGGUCAACGCAGGCGGCAUGUCGGUAGCUCCUAUGCGGCCAGCCAAGAGACGACCAGAGGUGGCUCGUCCCGCAACGGCUGGCCCUUACUCGGUUCGAGACCAGCCCAGCCCAGAGCCAGGCAAAGCUACCUCUGCGACGUCGUCGACCUCUUCAAGGCAAGGAGGCGCGACCACGCCAAAGAGGCCAUCCUCGAGGGCUCACCAUGCAUCUCACGCAAGCGAGUCGGGCAUGAUUUCGCCCACAUUCGUGCGGCCGACGCAAAUCCCCUCACCGCGAGCCAGCCCAGCCAGGCUUAGGCACUCUCAAACCACGGUUCAUACCAUGAGUCCAACCAGGGCGACCGACGAUCUUACCCUGGUGGUACCGACACUUUCUAGCAUACAGUCGGCUGCGCCUAGGUUAGAGUCGCCACGGCAGCCAGCAUACAUGCCCGCCUCGCCUCCCGCCGUUCUCCCCUCUGGAAACUCGCAGUCUCCGCGACUGAAAGUAUACGAAGACCCCUUUACUGAAGACCAGCCGAUGCCGACCCCAUCGCUGCCGACAGCGCCUGUUUUGGAAGAGAGGACGAUCAACGAAGACGCCGCCAACAUUCGGAGGUCUCUGUCGGACGAGUCUGGGCUUCCGGAGAAGAAUGGACAAAAUGCUCGACUCCUGGACAGCGGCAUCUCCAAGAUCAGGUCCAAGACGCUGGAAGUGCACGGCUUCCGAAAGCUGCAGUCCCUGAUCCGAGACCCUAAGACCGUCUUCACAGAUCAGCGAUUCGAAGCCCUUCUGGUGGGCCUGUUCCAGUACCUCGAGGAUCCCCUGUCCGACCUCCCCGCAGACAAGGCCCAGGACGUCAAGGCUCAGAUCCUGACGACGAUCAAGCUGCUGCUGAAAAAGGAGCGAAAGAACUUUCAGCCUCACGUUUCACGGGGACUCGAGUCUCUCCUGCAGACCCGCGGCAGCUACGACACCAGGGCACACGUGGUUAGCGGCCUCGAGCUCCUGGCGGACGAGCUGGUGACGCUCAGCGACGGCUCCGAGACGGCCGUCGUGCUCACGAAGCGCCUGCAGUUGUGCAGCGACACCACCGUCGAGGGCUGCCGCACCCUCAGCAUGGGGCUCCACGUGCUCAAGGAGAUGCUCGACAAGCGGCCCGAGUACGUGCCGACGCACAAGGAGCUGCUGCGGCUGACUGGGCUGGCGGGCCGGUGUCUGGAGUCGACGGACUCGGGCGUGCGGAUGGACGCCGUCAAGCUUUGCGUCGCGCUGCAUGCGCGCGUCGGCGAGGCGGCUUUCUGGGAGGGCAUGGCUGAGAUUCGGGACGAUCCGAAGAGCUUGAUUACGUAUUACAUUGUGAAGAAGCAGCGCGAGGAUGGCAUGUUUUCAUGAGCUCUUGGCUUUGG